AUGGCUACACCAGACCUCGUAUCCAGUUUCGAUUGCGAUGAGAAGCCGGAAGAGAAUACACCAAGAGUAUACAACUCCAGGCGGAGACUCAUCCCCCUGCUCAUCACGGGUUGUCAGCGGGAACAGCCGAAUCUCGAAGUGAUUCGCAUUUUGGUAGAGCAAAAGGGGGUGAGCGUUGCCACGCGAAUGCCGGCAAAUCUGACAGGGGCCGGGCAAACUGCAUUACAUGUCCUCGCCCGCGACCAUCACUGGUGGAAGGCUCACUUGGCACUGCCGUAUCUUGUCAGACACGGUGCGAACCUGGAGCUGGAAGACGAGUUGGGAAGAACACCCCUUAACGCCGCCAUGGAGGAAGUUGGCGCCCCUUACUUCAACCGCAAGGCAAUAGAGACCCUGCUCGAGUUCGGUGCCAACGCCAACGCCACGGACCGUCGGGGCAUGUCCUGUCUGGCAAAGGCGGGCAGCUGUAUGGACAUCCAUAAUCUGCUGAUUCGGUACGGUGCGACUAUUUCCCCAUCGGCCGUGAUGAUGGCCAUCAAAGCGAGGGAUAUGGACCUCCUGCGGAUGAUGCUGUCUGGCGGUGCCGACCCCAAUAUGCGCAAGGCGGGAAAGGAAGUGCCGUCCUGGAUGUCUGAGAAUGGGAGAACCCAGAGACCAGCCCGGCACGACCCUAAUGGUGACGAGGAGUUGUACCCCCUAGACUACGUCAUCUCCAUCAUGCACCGAAUGGUACAGAAUAAGACGGCCUAUAUGGGCACUGAGACCAGCAUGUCGGGUUCCAACCCGUUCUUUGUGCUACUCCUCGGCCAUCGGGGCGUUGACCUCGAGGCCCGUGACGGCCAGGGGUUCACCAUCCUUCAAUACGCAUGCUUACGCCGAAACUACGCGGUAAUAGACCAGCUCCUCGACCGAGGGGCCGACGUCCGCGGUCGAGAUCCGCGAGGCAUGUGUCCUUUGCAUUAUUAUGUGUUGUCGCCUCUAUCGACACACGGGACAACCUCCAUUGACACGCUGAGGCGCAUGCUAUUGCAAGCCCCUGAGUUGCUGCAGGCGGAGGACAACAUCGGGAGAACGGCACUACUCUGCGCGCUCCAGGGUGGAAACCUUGGAGACGAGGUCGAUGUGCUUCUAGAGGCAGGGGCGGAUGCCUGUCGUCCCGUAACGACGACGGGCGACGCUCCUUUGCAUCUACUGUUCGGCGGGGUCUGGCAGAUUGGCGAAGAUGGGGCGGGAAGCGGGAGGUGUCAAGAACUGCUCAAACGCUUCGUGACCGCGGCUUGCGAUAUCAAUAAGCGGAAUCAAAAGGGCGAAUCUCCCAUCUUCAGUUUCUUCCGCGAGGGCGGCGUCGGUGUCCCUAUGGCCGAGGAGGACAGAGGAUCCCCGACGGCUUGGCAGAGGCGCCUGAGCAUGGAGACAGCCGCGGCUGUCGAGUCGGAGGCCCUGGUCUGGGCGCUUUUCGACGAGAUGCGCGUCGACUGGCGUGUGACGAACCAGCAGGGUCAGACACUCCUGCACGUGGUUGCGGCGGACAAGACCCGGGAGCGCUGGCCCGGGAGGAGGGCGGGCAGGUUCCGUUUCCUGAUGGGCAAGGGUGUGGUUCAUACGGGCGAAGACGUGGACCAUCGCACGCCUUUGGAUGUGGCGGCUGAGGCGGGCAAUCAGGAUGUCUUGGAUCUCUUCGCUGGGGGUGCUUAG